AUGGUGAUCCAGCAGCCGUCCAACCAGAUCAAACUGACCAACGUGUCGCUGGUGCGGCUCAAGAAGGGCAAGAAGCGGUUCGAGAUCGCGUGCUACAAGAACAAGGUGCUAGAGUGGCGGUCGGGCAUUGAGACGGACCUGGACAACGUGCUGCAGAUCCCCAACGUCUUCCUCAACGUGUCCAAGGGCCAGACGGCGCCCAAGGAGGACUUGGUCAAGGCCUUCGGCAAGGCCUCGACCGACGACAUUGUGCUCGAGAUCCUGCGCAAGGGCGAGCUGCAGGUCGGCGAGAAGGAGCGCACCGCCCAGCUUGAGCGCGUCCACCACGAGGUCGUCGGCAUCGUCGCCAGCAAGCUGGUCGACCCCCGCACCAAGCGCGUCUACACCACGGGCAUGAUCGAGAAGGCCCUCGACAUGCUCAGCUCCCAGGCCCACGCCCUGCGCCUCGAAAGCCACAAGGACGCCAAGGACGUCAAGGACAAGGACAAGGAAACCGCUGCCGCCGCUCCUACUCCUGCCCCUCCCGCCGCCGAUGAAGCCCCCGCCGAAGCGACGGAAGAAGCAGCAGCAGCAACAUCACCAACGGACGACAGCAAAAACGACGACGAGGCGAAACCCGCCCGGCCAGCCAAGGACCAGCACCAUCUGUGGACGGGCGUAGUGACGAUCAAGAGCGCCAAGAGCCAGGCCCUCGAGGCCAUGAAGGCUCUGAUCGCGUACCAGCCGAUACCCGUGGCGCGGGCCCGGAUGAAGCUGAGGAUCGGGGUCCCGACACAUGUUCUCAAGCAAUCCCUCAAGUCGCACAAAGCGUCCCCAGAGGACGCAAGUGGAGCGGGAGGUGGUGGCGACGGGGAACAGAAGGUAGCACGGACAGUAAAGGACAAGAUCCUAAGCUUUAUCGAGCAGGUAGAACACCAAGACGUCGUGGGAUCGGAAUGGGAGGUGGUCGGCUUUGCAGAGCCAGGAGCCUUCAAGGGGCUCUCCGACUUCAUUGGCGGCGAGACCAAAGGCCAAGGCAGGAUAGAGGUGUUAGACAUGGAUGUUACUCAGACAGACGACUGA